UCCAGAACAAACGGGAAUAGCGUUUCUCUCCCGGCAGGAUCCGCCACGCAUCCAUAUUAAAUUAAAUCGUUAGGUUUCGGUUAAUUAUUUUAUCGAAACACAGCUAGAGGGCCUGUGCGUGUUUUGUCCCUUUUUUGUUUGUUUGUUUGUUCCCGCGACAGUGUUGUCGCCGUGUCUCUAUUGUAUGCAGCAUCUUCCAUUGAUCUGUUGAUAUCUGCUGGGAUCUUCUGCAUCUUUGGAAAAAAAUCACCUCAAGAGCUGUACAUUAUUGGCCACCAUCACAGGCUUCUCUUUUAUAUUCCAUCGGGGCUCCACCGAUGUGAUGGGGUUUUGAUGGAGGGAAUUUGAUGUUUGGUGACUGUAUAGCCGUUUUUAUUCAUAAACCAAAUAGUGUUUUUAGGCGUCGUUUAUUUGCCAUUGCCGUGCAGGCCGUGGUUUUCGUCACGGAUGUCCACGAUGGUGUUUCAGCGCUAAAUAUCGCGGAUGUUGUUGAUUAUUUUUGACAUUUUUCACGGAUGAAAGCCGUUUAUUUAUCGCUGUUCGGUCGAGGACGGGGAGCGGCGCGAGGCGGGAUUCUUGCGUCUGCAUCCAUCUUUUUACCUCAGCUUUUUCCUUCUUCUUAUUAGUAUUAUUUACAUUUUUCAUUUUCGAUGAAAAUCACCUAUCCACCAGAAAAGGAUCACCAGCGGUUCGUGUGGAUGGGGAGCGGCGCCUGGCUGGAUUUUACCACACAGAUAUUUUUACCUCAGCUCGUUUUUUCCCCUUCUGAAUAUUUUUUAUCAUUAAUUUAGUUUUUAGUUUUUGUUCGUUUCGUUAAAAAUCACCUGUCCACCAGAAGAGGGUCUCCAUCAGCUCAUCGUCUCAUUGCAAUACCCUUGACGAUCAACAGUUCAUCGCGUGAAGGCGGCAUGCCACAAAAUUGGCGCGAAUAAUUCGCGCGGUUUGUCCAAAUUAAUUUGAAGACUUUCUGCUCAUGGUAACUAAUAAACCGAAUCAUUUCUCAUCUUCAGUCAUGAAUGCUUUUAAUGUUACAUGGUAAUUUGUCUUAUCGACAGGGCCAGAGGACUGUAUUCUUAUUGGAAUAUACCAUUCUCUUUUAAUCAUUCCUCUUGCGUGUUACAGACUGAAGGCACUCUAUACUGGGGAGUAUUUUGAUUUUGAUAUCAUGUUUUUGGUCCUUUUAUUCGCCUGGAAGAUGGCAGCUGAUUAAAUUUUAAUCUUAAUGCAUUCUGGCAACACGGGAGGAGAAGAGGAGAACAGAGUGAAUCGGGGUGGAGAGGAGAGAGGAGAGGCGGUGGAGAGGAUGUAGGGUGGAUACGGGAACACCAGAAGGUUCAUCAGAUUUAUAGGGAGAUUGUCCCGCCCCUUUCACCUUGUCCGUUCCUCUGUCAUUACCAUGGCGCUGUUGCUACUGUGGAUGUGUCCUUUGUUGCUUAGCAACAUUGCUCCCUCAGAACAAGGUCUCAGCCGGGCAGCGAUGCCGUUCGGUCUCAUGAGGCGAGAGCUGGCCUGUGAGGGGUAUCCUAUAGAGCUGCGCUGCCCAGGAAGUGAUGUCAUCAUGAUAGAGACGGCAAACUACGGGCGCACAGAUGACAAGAUCUGUGAUGCUGACCCCUUUCAGAUGGAGAACGUGCAGUGUUACCAACCUGACGCCUUCAAGAUCAUGUCACACAGGUGUAAUAACAGGACUCAGUGUGUGGUGGUGGCAGGAGCUGAUGUGUUUCCUGAUCCUUGUCCUGGAACUUACAAAUACCUGGAGAUCCAGUAUGAGUGUGUCCCUUACAUUUUUGUGUGUCCUGGAACAUUAAUGCGAGUGUUGGAGCCCAGUUCCGUGCGGGAGGCGGAGCAUCAGUCGGGGGCGUGGUGUAAAGACCCUCUGCAGGCGGGUGACAGACUGUAUGUGAUGCCUUGGACGCCCUAUAGAACAGACAUGCUGUAUGAAUACGCUUCCUGGGAUGAUUACAUCCAAAACAGGAUCACCACCACUUAUAAGUUGCCGAGUCGAGUGGACGGCACUGGUUUUGUGGUGUAUGAUGGUGCUGUGUUCUACAAUAAGGAACGCACACGCAACAUUGUGAAAUAUGACCUGCGAACGCGCAUCAAGAGUGGUGAAGCCAUUAUUGCAACAGCGAACUACCACGACACGUCGCCGUAUCGCUGGGGCGGGAAGUCUGACAUUGACCUCGCAGUGGACGAACAUGGGCUGUGGGUCAUAUAUGCCACUGAAGCCAACAGUGGACGCCUUGUUGUUAGCCAGGUAAACCCGUACACACUACGUUUCGAAGGAACGUGGCAGACGAGCUUUGAGAAGCGCAUGGCAUCAGAUGCAUUUGUUGCGUGUGGCAUAUUAUAUGCCGUUCGCUCCGUGUACCAAGAUGAUGACAGCGAGGCAGGCGGCGACCUCAUCCUGUACGCCUAUGACACACGGCAUAACCGCGAGGAGCCAGUGAGAAUCCCAUUCCCCAACCCAUACCAGCACAUCUCCUCCAUCAGCUACAACCCCAGAGACAACCAGCUAUAUGUCUGGAACAAUUACAUCGUCCUGAGAUACCCACUGGAGUUCAGUCCACCACAGCCCACCUCAGAUCCUCUGUCUACUCCUCAUCUCUCCACCACUCCUCUGAGCUCUCUCUCCUCUACUGUGUCAUUGGGCUUCAGUCCCACAUCUGUACCAUCCAUUACCUUUCAUCCAAUAGGGGCUAUUAACAGAGCUCCGGCAGGGCGGCCCAUCACUGCCACGGUACCGGUGACCGUGAGGCCCCCUCGCCGCCCACAGGGGCCCCGCAUACCCAUGUGUGAGGGUCGGGUGACCCGCGGUGUCCAGUGGCCUCCUACACAACGAGGAGAAACAGUGGAGAGACCCUGUCCUAAAGGAUCACUUGGUAUAGCGUCAUAUCAGUGUAUGGCCAAUGAUGUGGUGUGGAACCCCAGAGGUCCUGACCUCAGCAAUUGUACCUCCCCAUGGGUCAGCCAGGUCGCUCAGAAGAUCAAGAGUGGCGAGAACGCGGCACAUAUUGCUGCUGUACUUGUCAAUCAUACACGGGGGCGGGUCUAUGCUGGUGAUGUCACUUCCUCUGUGCGUCUGAUGGAGCAGCUUUUGGACAUUCUGGACUCACAGCUGCAGGCACUCCGCCCCGGCAACAAAGAUUUAGCAACACGCAACUACAACAAGCUUCAGAAGAGAGAACGAACCUGCAGAGCGUUUAUUCAGGCGGUGGUGCAGACGGUGGAUAAUCUACUACGGUUGGAGGCGCUGGAGUCAUGGCAGGACAUGAACGCUACAGAACAAUCGCACACUGCCACGAUGCUGCUUGACGUCAUGGAGAAAGCAGCGUUCCUAUUGGCCAAUAACCUGUAUGGAGGUCACUUCAGCGACCGCGCACCUAACGUCGAUCUGGAGGUGUAUGUGCUGAACACAGAGAUGGAGUUGAAGGAUUUGUCCUUCCCGAACUCAUACGACAGUGACAGCACCAUCCACCUGUCAUCAUCCACCAUCAAACAAUACAGCCGCAAUGGUCAGGUAAGGGUGGUUUUUACACUCUAUAAGAAUCUUGGCUCGUUUCUGUCGACUCAAAAUGCCACAGUGAAGACAGACGGUGAGCUGAAGCCUGGAGGACCCAGUCUGGCUGUCAACUCACACAUCAUCUCAGCAUCUAUGAACAAAGAGUCCAGUCGAGUGUUUCUGACCGAACCUGUGCUGUUUACACUGCGACACCUGCAGCUGGAGAAUCACUUCAAUCCAAACUGUUCGUUCUGGAAUUACUCGGAGCGCUCAAUGAAGGGUCAGUGGUCAUCGCAGGGCUGCAGACGUCUGCAAAGUAACAACACACACACCACCUGUGCCUGCUCACAUCUCACCAACUUCGCUGUGCUCAUGAGCCACCAGCAACCUGCUUAUCCGGGUGGAGUUCAGGGAUUGAUUCUGUUCAUCAUCACGUGGGUGGGGAUGGUGAUUUCUCUGGUGUGUUUGGCUCUGUGUAUCUCUACCUUCUGUUGUCUACGUGGUCUACAGAGCGACAGAACCACCAUCCACAAGAACCUCUGCCUCACACUCUUUAUCUCACAGCUGCUCUUCCUCAUCGGCAUGGACAAAACACACUACACCGUUGUGUGUCCAGUGCUGGCCGGUCUGCUUCAUUUCUUCCUGCUGUCGGUCUUCUGCUGGCUCUGUAUGGAGACUGUCCAGCUGUAUGUGUUGAUGGUGGAGGUGUUCGAGAGCGAGACGUCUCGGCGCAAGUAUUAUUACCUUACUGCGUAUGGAUUCCCAACGCUGGUUGUGGCCAUUUCAACUGCUAUUGAUUACAGGAGCUAUGGAGGACCCAAAGCUUGUUGGCUGAAGGUGGAUAACUAUUUCAUCUGGACAUUUGUUGGCCCCGCCUCCCUUAUUAUCUUGCUGAAUCUGGUGGUAUUGGUAAUCACAGUUCACCGCAUUCUGCGUCACUCCACCGUGCUGAAACCAGACUCCAGCCGUUUCGACAACAUCAAGUGCUGGACGGUCAGCUCAGUCACACUGCUGUUACUUGUCUCUUUGACGUGGAUUUUUGGCCUCCUGUUCAUUAAUGAUAACAGUGUGGUGAUGGCGUAUCUGUUCACUUCAUUUAAUGCUUUACAUGGCAUGUUCAUCUUCCUGCUGCACUGCGCUCUUCAAAAGAAGGUGCAGAAAGAAUACAGCAAAUGCUUGCGUCAAUCACGCUGCUGUGGCCACGCCUCCUCAGCCAGUUCCCAUGGUCCUCUGAAGAGCUCUGCCCACCGAGUCAACAAUCGCUACUAUAGCGGUAGCCAAUCACGACACGCACCAGCACAAAGACAGAGUCGUAUCAGGAGGAUGUGGAAUGACACAGUUCGACGCCAAACAGAGUCGUCCUUCAUGGCAACAGAGAUUAACAAUACACCCACACUCACUCGAGGCACUAUUGGUAAUCACCUCCUGGCCAAUCCAAUGCUACAGACCCACUCUGGCUCCCCUUACAACACCUUAUUGGCUGAAACUUUCAACCCACCCUCACCAGCAGUGUUCAACGCCACAGGCACUUUCAGAAACUCAAAGGGCACACUGUCGCGCAGUCGCGAAUCUUGCGGGUUGGAGGGAGUUCGACUGAAUGGAAACUACAACAACAGCUACUCACUGCAUGGGGGAAGCUCUGACCUGCUCGGGGGCGUUCCUGUGGGAUCAGGUUGCGUGUCCGGAGAGGUCAGCCCUGCCCUUUUGACACCCAGAGGAGCGGAGCCUCCUGGCGGUCUGCGGCGAAACCUUUCUGACGCGGCAGCGUUGGAGAAAAUUAUCAUAUCUGAGUUGGUGCAGAGCAACUUGCGGCCCGCCACUGAUCGCUACGGCAACGGAACAGGUUCUACGAUGCACCGUCAGGAUUAUGCCACGUCAACGAGUCACCGAGAACCUCCACAACGACCACUACCCCGCCCCCCUCCCCCACCCCCGCAGGACGAGGAGGAGUUACUAUACAAAGCUUUGGAAAAACCACGCCUACCAGACAAACCCCGAAUACCAGACAAACCCUGCCUACCGGAUAAGCCCCGCCACUUGGAGCACGCACAGUCCGUGUUCUACCAGAGCGAGGAGGACUCGGAAAGCUUCUCUGCGGAAAUCACGGACAGCGUGGGCAGGGCUGGACCAGACUCCUCCCUGUAUGCACGGGACCGGGAUUCGUCCUAUCCCGACAGCAGUCCCGAGGCACUUGGGACAGAGCCACACCCGACCCUCCCACCAGACGAGCUGUACUUCAGCGCGGGACGUCAAGCGCACAUCUCGGCAUUUUACCAACCUCCGCCACGCAGGACCAAUGACGAGGGGCGGCUUGCGCUGCAGCCCUCGCAGGGUGAAGGUGAUGGACAGAUGCAACUGGUGACGAGUCUGUGACUAGGGCGCUGGUGACCGGGACACGCAGAUCUGGAGGAGGAACAUGAGGACGUGUGUCUUCAACAUCAUCUUUAUCAUCAUCGAAAUUAAUGUCAGGGUGAAUCUCACAAAACCUGUCAAGAACACGUCUAGUUCAUAUUUGAAGACAAUUUCAUGACAAUUAAAGGAACAUUUCGGGUUCGAUACAAGUUAACCUCAGUCGACAGCAUUUGUGGUACAAUGUUGAUUACGCCCCUUGUUUAUUAAAAAAGUACAAAUUUGGGUUACAGUGAGACACUAACAAUGGAAGUGAAUGGGGCCAAUGCGUAAAAGUAUAGCCACAAAACGUAACAUUAUACAUGUUAACAUGAUUUUAGUGUGAUAAAAUCACUCCCCCCAACCUUAUAAUAUUUAUAUCUUGUGGCUGUACUUUUGAAAAAGGACUGGCCCCCUUCACUUCCAAUGUAAGUGCCUUGAUGUAACCACGAUUUUUGCUUCUUUUUUUUAUUAAGUAGGGUGUCUAAAUUAUUUUUACAAUUUGAAAUUCUUAUUUCUGUAAUGCAACUAAAAAAAAUCUAAUUAGCAAUGCCAAAGAAAUCAUAUUAAAUUAUUUCAAUUAAAACUAAUUAAAGCUAGUUGAUACAUCAUGGUACAAUGCAAAAAAAUUAAAUCAUGAUGUAUGGUUUUCUCCAUGCGAAAUACAAUUUCUUAUUUUUGAUUUUGGGGUGAAAUAUGACCUGCACAUGUUUUCGUGAGAUUCAACCGUCAGUAUGCAGCUAGUUACCUCUAGUGCAUACUUUUGGUAUACUAGUACAGAUAACGAUGAAUCAUUAUCGUUAGUUGUGAGAUCUCACAGAUAAAGCAGUGCAGAGAAAGUGAAAGCCUUAUUGUAAGACCUCAGAGAAAAAGGAAACACAAUGAUGAUGAUGAUGAUGAUGUUGGCUUCCUCCUCCACGUCUCUGUCUCCUGGUCACCUUCACACCCACCCUGAUCAUCUCACUGCCAUUCAAACACACCACUCUUGCUCCUUCUUUUCAACAUUCACCCUCUCCUGAAAAGACCAGUGUAAACCAGUAUGAAUUUCCAAACUAUUUUACACUGGUUUGGUGCUGGUCUAGCUGGUCAAGCUUUGUUAAUGGAGUUAAGAAGUUUAAUGGAGACACCAGCAUCCAAAACAUACAGUUCUCUCAAAAAUUAGAAUUCUGUCAUCAUUAACAUGUCAUUUUUCAACCUGGAAAAAUCACAAAAGUUGGCUUUUUAAGAAUAUUAUGGCCACUUGUUUCCAUAUAAUGAAAGUGAAUGAGGACUGGGAGUGUCAAGCUCCAAAAUAACAAAACAUCACAGUAAAAGUAUCAUAAAAGUAGUCCAUACAGCCCCAGUCCUUGUUCAGUUUAAUUAUACGGAGAAAGGUGAUGUUGAUAUGGAGAGAUCUUCAUACGGGACCCUUUUCUCUCCAUUUGUUCAUUCUUCCAUGUCUUUUUCUCUCUCUAUCUCCUUCUUUCAGGGUGGAGUGUUGUAUGAGUAUCAACCCUUUUACAGAAUGUGAUAACACUUUACACCAGAGUAGAGGUCUGCACGGGCCUUUAAAUGAAACCCGAACCCGACCCGUACCCGAAAUCACUUACUAUCUAAUUUCUUCUCCUAGCAAGUACUGUUGCAAUAGGCUGUAUUUUAUGUAAGCAUAUAGACAACAUUCAUAACAGUACUGAAACAUACACAGUUUUAACAAGGCACAGCAGCCCCUCAGUACACUAGAGCAGAACGGAAAAAAGCACUGAAUUACCGUUUAUUUGCUGAAACUUCACUUGGUGCAGAACAAUCUGGAAUUAAAUUAAACAAUGCAACAGUCCCCUCUAUGCAGCCUGAACUUGUUCAGAUUGUUCAAUCUUUGUGACACCUGUGCUAAAAACAAUCAAGAUGCAGCGCAAAGAAUGAAAAGGAGCACAGGUGUCUCAACGUGCGUUUUUGAGAAUUUGAAGUUCUUUUUAACUUGACAUGGUGUUUAAAAUGAGCCGGUCCUGUGCGAGAUGCUGAAGAAAAAGUGAGACGCAUGUGUUUACAUAGAAAAACAAGGGGGAAACAGAAUAGACAUGCGCAAAAACACAUUCGGUGUGAACGGCCCCUAACUCUGUGAGUGAGAGCAAGUUCAGUAAGUCUAUUCAUACAAACCCGAACCCGACCCGAACCCAAAGUCCUACUUGAAAAACUGACCCGAUCCUGGCCUGAACCCCGUCGGGUUCUCGGGUCCCGUUGGGCCCGGGUUGGGUUGCAGACCUCUACACCAGAGACAGCAGCUCUUGUACAUGCCAAAAACUUCCUGUAAUGGGAUUAACACACAAAUCACAAACGUACACUCUUAAGAAGCAGCUCAAAGGUCACAGAGGUCAAAAGUUAAGAGCAAUAGGAUCACCAGUUCGAGCAAAUGAAUCAGACUGUUGUUUUUCGGCAGUGUGGUGAACAAAUGAACAUAAACUUGUUGUGCCACUUGCCCGGACACCAACCAAUCAUCUCCUUUGGUGUUGGAGACACCGACCAAUUAUCUCAUCCCGUUUUGAGGGCAUCAUCUCAAUGCCCCGCCCCUUCCUCUGUUUGAGUAGGGUGAUCAAGCAUAUCAUUCAACAAAACUGUGGACUUCAUGUAAAUAAAAACUUUGUGAGACUUGACGUCUCAGGACAUGCUUCUCUUUCACUUCCAAAUUUGUGGUUGAAAAAAGUCUUAUGUAGAACUGAUGACACUGUCUAUUCUUUCUCUCUUCUGUCUCUUUCUGUCUCUCUCGCUCUUAGAGUGUUCCAUGUAAAAAGAUAAGAAACGUUUUUUAAUCGAAAUAAAACAAAUGA